AUGGCGAAGGAAAAGCAGAGAGAGCUUCGUGUGGUGAUGUUUCCGUGGCUCGCCUACGGUCACAUAACGCCCUUCGUUGAGCUUGGCAAAAACCUGGCCAGGCAUGGUCUUAAAAUUAUCUUUGUCUCAACUCCGCUGAACAUUAAACGAAUUAAACCACAAGUAUUGGAUGCACCGGGGAUAGAUCUGAUGGAGUUGGCAUUGCCCUCCGUGGAGGGGUUGCCAAAAGGCGUAGAGUCCACCGCCUAUUGUGUCAAGGGAGCAGACGCGCCACUACUACUAUCUCUACUCCUCGUCGCAAUGGACCUUUUGGAGAAGCCCUCCGAAUCUCUGUUGCAACAGCUCUCACCAGAUUUUGUGAUCUUCGAUGUGUUGCAGUACUGGGUUCCUCGUGUGGCUUGCAAGCUGCCCAAUCCCAUUCCCGCCAUUUUAUUCGUACCAAUGGGAGUGACCGGCUUCAGCUUUUUGGAAGGAGAGCUAGACAUCACAUCGGGAAACCCAACACCGGAGGAUCUGACCGUAUCGCCGCCAGGAUUCUCUUCACCCAAUAUUCACUUCGCCUUGUUCGAAGGGAGGAGGGCCAUGGAGCUGCUAUAUCGGAAGCAUGCAGGUGCGCUUAGCGUUGCCGAGCGCUCAAGCAUCUGCAUGCGGGAGAGUUGGGCAGUCACAUCCAAUACGUGUUUGGAGUUGGAAGGGGCGUACGCGGAGUAUUUGCACAGGCUCGUGAAGCGGCCAGUGUACCCUGUUGGGUUACUCAUGCGUAAUCUCCCGCCACCCCCCAAAGAUGACAUUUGCUUGCAGUGGCUCGACAGGCAGCCCGUUGCUUCGGUGGUGGUCUUGUCUUUUGGCAGCGAGUACAUUCUCACCAACCAACAGUUCUCCGCAAUUGCAAUGGGUCUGCAAGAGAGCAACGCUUCAUUCCUCUGGAUUCUGCCUGCCGGAAAUGACUUGCAUCAAGAUUUCCUAGAUCAGAUUGGGGAAAAGGAAAAGGGAUUGGUGGUGACAAAGUGUGUUCCACAGUUACACAUUCUGAAUCAUCCUUCUAUAGCUGCUUUUUUAACUCAUUGUGGGUGGAAUUCAAUGACAUAA